CAAUUCAUCUGUGACUUAAUUAUAGGUCCUUAUCUUUAGGUUUUAUGUCAGUGGACUUUUAACCUAUGUUUCCGCUUCCAACAGCGAUUCGAUUACAUUAGCUCGUUUCUUUAUGUGGCUAUGCGAUAUUAAUGUAUGUUUAACACGCCAAACAAACAUGUUGCUGAGAUACACAGAAGAAAGAGGACUCGCGUUGCACUUGCGAGAGAAAAGACGCAUGUCAAAGUGAAAGAGCUGCAUGGGCGGUGUGUUUCUCUCUGUGUGUGUGUGAGUGUUUUCAGUAGCUGAUUUAAUCAGUGCGUGCAUAGAGGAAGACGCCUUCAGCGUGCACUCAUGGAUUAAUCCCCAUCUAGAGUAAUCAAUAGGAUUUAAUAUACCUCCAUGAAAUACUGCAAGGACUUCUACAUAACGAGAACAUGUGAACUUCACGCAGCUGUUGUGGUUGGCCUUCCAACAAUCUCGCUUCGAUGAUUUUAAUGACCCUCUUCCUCGCCUUCAUCGUAGGAUUUUGGAAAAGGCCACCAAAACUAAAACCAAGGAGAACUGGAAGAUGUGUUUGUAACCCUUGGUGCUUUGAGAAUCACAUGGAAUGCCUUUUGAACUCAGAGGUUUGGAAUUCUAUCUUAAUUCUGAGCUGUCUUAGUGCUCUGUUGCCAAUGGCUGAAGGUCAUGCAAUGCAGGCACUGAAAGACCUCCAGAAAGCACUAGACGAGACGGAGCAAUUAUUCAAUAGGUCUGAUGCACGCUUGUACACACCAGAUAUUGGGAAUAUCAAAAAUUGCACAUACAAGUUUAUCGACUGUUUUCUGAUGGAGAUGAACGUUCUGUUGCAUGAAGACCCAACAAAACCAGAAUACAUUUUCAAGAUAAAAGGAAAUUUAGAAGCAUUUAAAGAGAAGUCAAAAAAUUGUGCAAGACAACAAUAUUACUGUGAACUACAGAAACUCGACAAUUCCAUGAAUUUCUUUAAGACGAUGAAGGAAUUUCUCCAGUUACAGUCAUCACUUUGCCAAGGAGAAAAAAUAGAAGUAGUAUGUGAUUAGAAUCCUACUUUAUCUUACUGAUUGCAUGUACAAUAAGCUCAUUUAUCUGUUAUCAUUUUAAAUUAUGCUAGUGUCUUUUUUUUUAUUAAUAUUUAUAUCACUUCACUCUGAAAGUGUCACUUUGUUAAUACUGUAAGAAUAUAUUUUGUAACAAAGGGGUUUUGUGAAUGAUUGUUUAACUGUGAAUGUCUCAAAAAAGUACAGAAUUUUAAGGUGAAAUAUAAAAAAUUGUUUCAUGUAACAUAGCUUUUAUAUAUAGUUUUAUAUUCCAUGUAUUGCAACAUUAAAGCAUGUUUUAUUAACAGAAA